AUGCAGUUCUCUCUUCUCUUUCUCUCCCUCGUCGGGGCCGGAAAUGCCAUCCUUCUUCCCAAGCCAAGCGGCCCCUACGGCACUGCCCUUCGCAUCCAAGGCAUGACCGACAAAAGCCGCAUCGACCCGUAUGAUCCCAAGAAAGGUCAUCGACAAGUCCUAGUUUCAAUCUUCUGGCCCGUCGACUCGGCAUCUUGCUCAAACAAGGUGAUUCCAUACAUGCCGCCCGCUGCUGCCAAAGCAUAUGGACAGCAGGUAGCGCAGCUGGGUCUAUCGAACGAUACCUUUUCAGCUCUUGAGCUCCAGGUCUGCAAAACCCCUGUUCCUCAGAAAGGAUGUGCAAGCGAGCAGAAGUCAUUCCCCGUAGCUUUCUUUUCGCCUGGUGCUGGUUACUCUAGGUUGCUUUACAACCUCAUGGCUAGUUCACUCGCUAGUUAUGGGAAUAUCGUGGUUCUUAUUGAUUCUCCCUACGAUCCUCCUGUUGUUGAAUUUCCUGAUGGACAGAUCAUCUAUGGGGGAAACAUCCCCGAUGAUAAGAAAUCUAAUUUGCAGCUGGCCUCGGUCAAGGCAAAGGAUAUGUCCUUUACCAUCUCAGAAGUUCUGAGUCCUUCUUUCCAAAAGAAAGUCUUCAAGGGUCUUCCAGGCUCAAUGGACAACAAGAAGGUCGUUGCCCUUGGUCACUCCAUCGGCGGCGCUAGUGCAGCUAUAGCAAUGCUAUCAGACAACCGAAUCCACGGCGGUAUGGACUUGGACGGCCAAAUCUUCGAACCAGCUCUCAGCAAAGGCCUUGAUAAGCCAUUCUUCCUCAUCGGUCGCCCUAACCACGCCAAGGAGGAUAUUACUUGGACGAAGUUCUGGCCCAAGCUUCGAGGACCCAAGAAGGAAAUCUCUAUCAACGACACUACUCACGGAUCAUUCACCGAUUACCCUCAGAUCGUCAAGGCUCUUAAUCUGCCAGAGGCUGUUGUGAAGGCGUUGCAGGAACAAAUUGGAACUGCAGAGCCUUCGCAUCUUCAGAAGUUCCUUUCCAAGACUGUUGUGAAUUAUAUGGAGAUUUCUUUUGCUUCCAAUGGAAAGAACUAG